CUCUCUCUCUCUCUCUCCAACGUGGGUGCCCUUCAGCAACUUUCUUCCUCUUCUCUGUCGUCUUUGUCUUUGAUUGGUUUUGUUUGUUCUAGUUCAGAUGCCCACCCUUAAAUUGGCAAUAUUAUUAUUUGUCGCCCCAAAAUUUCAAUCUCGGAGUGGAAUCUGACUUAAUUAGUACUUCAGUCUUGUAAAAUUUUUUAGCAACGUCAUUUCAUUUGGACCCUCAAGUGAAAAUCACAAAAUUUAGAGACAAAAACAGUUGAACAGACCUUAGGCAGGGGCGAAAUUUUCUAGCCAUUACGCAAUAUUUUGUGGAGUAACCUCUCAGUCGAAUCCUUUUCUCUGCAGUUAAACAAUACAAUCGGCAACACCACUGAACGAGCAAAACAGUCAAAACCCUUUUCGAUGAGCGCCGGAGGAGCCUUUGGUGGCAAUAGAGGAGCCAGACCUGUUCCACCUGAAAAAGGAAUCUUCCCUUUGGAUCAUUUGCAUCAAUGUGAUUUGGAAAAGAAAGAUUACCUUGGUUGUCUUAAAUCUGCUGGUCACCAAUCUGAGAAGUGUCGGCUCUUCUCGAAAAAGUAUCUUGAAUGUCGAAUGGCAAAAAACUUAAUGGCGAAACAAGAUUUGGCUGAACUUGGAUUUAGAGAAGAACGUGAGCUGGAAAUUUCUAGAAAAGAGAAUGUAUCAGAAAAUUGAAUUUUGUGGCUGAGCAGCAAAAGUGAUAAGCUUUGUGGAUGUUGAUAAGACAUUCUAUUCAACUCUGGAUGAGAAAGCACAGCAACUAUGAAUCUUUUACUGUUGUAUUUCAACUGACAACUGAAUAUAUCAUCUGCUUUUAUUGAAAAUCUGAAAGCUGCACAAACAUGUACGAAAAUUUGUUUAGGGAAGAAUAUAGACCAUGAUUCAUCAAUGUGAGAUCUUUAAACCAUUAGGGAAAGUUUUUCCUGUUGAAAUACAUCAUUAAUUUGCAUCAAA